UGCGGCUGCGCGGAGCAGCGAGGUCCACCGCCUGCUGUCUGUGUGUUUCCACUGUUGUUGAAGGCGAACGGACAACAAACCGAGACCUUCAGUGAUUUUUAAUGGUGAACAGAUUGAACAUCUGUUGAUAAAUCAGCCCGAGAGGAGAGAGAGGAGGAGGAGGAAGGCGAGAGGAAGAGUUGCAGAGGAGAAGGAGAGACACAGGAGAAGAGGAAGAGGAGGACAGGGGGGGAAAAAUCGGGACAGUAGAAUGCUGCAGAUCUGACUGAAAGAUGUCCAACGUUAACAUGGAAGCAACCACCAUCCUCCCCAUCCUCAAGAAGAAACUGGCCUUUCUGUCAGGGGGCAAAGACCGGCGCAGUGGUCUGAUCCUGACCAUCCCUCUCAGUUCAGAUCAGACCAGCAUGGAGGAGCUCAGUGCCACACUGGACUACCUACUCAGCAUCCCCAGUGAGAAGUGUAAGGCUCGGGGUUUCACCGUAAUCGUAGACGGACGCAAGUCUCAGUGGAACAUUGUGAAGACUGUGGUGCUCAUGUUGCAGAAUGUGAUUCCAGCCGAAGUGUCGCUGGUCUGUGUGGUGAAGCCGGAUGAAUUCUGGGAUAAGAAGGUCACACACUUCUGCUUCUGGAAGGAGAAAGACCGCCUGGGCUUUGAGGUGAUCCUGGUUUCGGCCAAUAAGCUGACUCGUUACAUCGAACCCUGUCAGCUGACCGACGAUUUUGGGGGAAGUCUGGACUACGACCACAGCGACUGGCUCAACAAAAGACUGGUUUUUGAGAAGUUCACCAAGGAGUCGACAUCGCUGCUGGACGAGCUGUCGAUUAUCAACGAAAGCGACAAGAGCAGCACGGUGGACAAGGACAAAUCAGCUGACUGCGCCCUCUUGCCGUCCUUUGACCCUGAGACUGUCCUUCAGACCGGUCAUGAGCUGCUGUCGGAGCUGCAGCAGCGUCGUUUUAACGGCUCAGAGGGAGGAGGAGGAGGACAGGGAGGUCCGGCCUGGUGUCCCAUGGAGGAGGAGCUGCUUGCUCAGCCUCAGGUGAUGAAGCUGCUGGACUCUCUCAGGGAGCAGUACACCAGAUACCAGGAGCUCUGCAGGCAGCGAAAUAAACGCACCCAGCUAGACGAGAUCCAUGCCAAGGUUAUGCAGGUGGUCACCUGGCUGCAGGGUCCAGGCUCGGAGCUGUUGAAGACCCAGCAGGAGAUCGGAGACUCGAUGCGAGCAGCUCAGGCCCUGCAGCAGAAACACGAGGAGAUUGAGAGCCAGCACAGUGAGUGGUUUGCAGUGUAUGUGGAAUUGAACCAGCAGAUCGCCGCCUUGCUCAGUGCCGGGGAGGAGGAGGAAGUGGUGGAGCUGAAGGCGCUGCAGCAGCAACUGAGCGACGUGUGCUACAGACAGGCAGCUCAGCUAGAGGGCCGACAGAACGUCCUGCAGGCAGCGCAGGGCUUCCACAGCAACACACAGGAGUUGUCCCAGCAGUUGGACGGUCUACUGGGCAUGCUCUGUGCUGACGUGGCUCCAGCCGACGGAGCUUCAAUUCAACAAAACCUCAAACUGUUGGAGGAGAAGCUGCAGACUGUCGAGGCAGGUCUUACUUCUCUGCGUCAGAAGGGGGCGCUAUUGAUGGAGCAGAUGUGCAGCCAACCGUCAUGGUCCCUGGAGGAGACAGAGAGUCCAGCGGGAGAACAGCAGGACAACGUUCAGCACAUCCAGGCUGUGAUGGAGGAGAUGCAACUUCGCAAGCAGAGGUGUGAGGACAUGGUGGACGUGAGGAGGCUGAAGAUGCUACAGAUGGUCCAACUGUUCAAAUGUGAAGAAGAUGCUUUACAGGCAGUAGAGUGGCUUGGCGAGCUGUUGGACGCCCUGUUGAAGACUCACGUCAGACUGGGUGAAGACACUCAAGAGACCAGGACCAUGCUGGACAAACACAGGAAGUUUGUGGAUGUCGCUCAGAGCACCUAUGAUUACGGCCGUCAACUGCUGCAGGCGACCGUCGUCCUCUGUCAGUCUCUGCGCUGUACGACGCGCUCGUCCGGAGAUACUCUGCCGAGACUCAACCGAGUCUGGAAACAGUUUACCGUCAGCACUGAGGAGAGACAACAGAGACUAGAGCUGACUCUGACCUUCCACACUGCCGCUGAAAAGGUGUUACAGCUGGAGUGUGUGGAUGCGGAAUCUCUGGAUGAAGUCGACUCUUCAGGGAAAACUCUGCUGGACAGACUGACCAUGCCUGUUAUCUUCCCUGAUGGGAGCGAGCAGUACUUUGGGAGUCCCAGCGAAACAGCAGCGGCAGCAGAGGGUGUCAGAGAGCGCCUCCUGCAGGUGGAGGAGCGACGGCUGCAGCUGCAGGAGGCGAGGCUUCAUAAUGACGAGGAGGAGGAGGAGGAGGAGGAGGUGCUUAACGGGCAGGAGGCACGGCUAGAUGUGAUUGGAGAGGAACUGAGCGAGAAAGAGGAGCAAGAUGAGGAGGACGAGGAAGAAGCGGGGCAACAGGAUGAAGAUUUAGAGAGGGCUACGCAGGACUGCUAAUGGAUCGCUGAUGACGUUAAACCGAGCAGCCUUAAUGAAGCUCGUUAAUGAAGGGCUGCUUAUUAAUUUCCACCGAAACCGCUGAUUUGGUCUCUCCGAGCCAGAAAAGCCAUCGAUUGACUGCUUCUGUCUCCCUGCAGCAGUAGAUUUACACUACAUUUCCCAUCAGCCUCGCUGCUUACCCUUUAUGAAAGAGGAUAAACAUGUUGGAUGUGGUUUCUCUGUUGUUCUUUCACUCCCUUCAGCGGAAACUGUGACAACUUUACCACUGUUUGCCCUGCAAGAACAGCGCCCUCUAACAGAUUUCCUUCUAAAUGUGACCCAAUGGAUCACAAAUGUAAAAUACUGGAAAUAUUUACUGGAAUUAUUAAUACUCAUGUCUCGCGAUUCCGAUCAACUGUAAAAUAACCAGUUUGGAUAAGAAUACUCCUAAUGUACGUCUAACACCACCUCCUUCUUCCCAGCAUGCCACUAGUUCACCUAUGUGGGUGGAGCUUCCAUGGUGCUAACAUGGUUACCAAGGUUUCUGUCUGUGCCUCUUCCAACUUCCCACUAGAUGAGUUACAGUUGCUUUUCCUUCAUGUCAUUUCAGUACCUGUUAAGUCCCUGGGAGCUCUCACACACUCAGCUGUGUUUGUCCUGCUGUACACAAAGGGUGGAGUUUAAUAUGUUUUUAAUGGGUCCAAAUGUGCUAAUGGAAAAUGACCAGAUAGAUAUAUUAUACUAUUUCAGUGCCUGUCCACGCAGAUAUUGCACCAAUCAAACUACAGGACCAUCAGAUGGUAGCAAAACUUCACGCCCACUGGAACAUCAAAGAUAAGGGGCACUAACUUAAAAGUUAAUCAAAGUUAAAUUUCUUCUUUUUGGUACAUUGCUCAGGAGGUGUCAUGAAGUUUUGCAUACGUUUUAAUAAUUCAUGCACUCAAAUAUCUGGGCUCAUGAUUUAGCUUAAAUGUAUUUUAUAGGAUUGUUUCACUGUAGAAACUUUAAUACUGCAGAUGUCAUCCAGUUCCAUGAAAACCUGGCUUCAGGUGUUACUGCAGUGCUUCAUAAAUGUCUUUUUCCCCUUUUUCAAACUUCUGGCUAACUAAAUGCACCGCACCAAAGGCGUUGCCUUCUGCUGCUCUCUACAGGAUGGGAGGUAGAAAGAUAUGUAAUACUAAAUUUAGAGCACAGCUUAAAUAACGCGAGAGCAUGAAUUAUUACAUUUUGUGUAAUUACUUUUCUGACACUUCCCAGCCUCCAUAUUUUGACAAUUGCAGAUUUCACUGAAUAAAUACACCAGUGGAAACACACACCAAGGAGAUAUAUUGAUUUGGUUGAUUUGAAAGUCUGACAUUAAUGCAUCCAUCUUCCAAGCACCCAGAGGCUCCGACAUCUUUGCUGCUCUAAACAAACCCUCUGCCUUCAUGAUGGAAAUCAAACCUGAGCUGCUUGCUCUGGUCCACACUGACACAGGGACCGAGGUGACCUCUGAUGGCGGUCCAGUGUGCAGACUGGGAGCACUCAGACUGGUGGUCAUUUGCUGAUAUAGUGACGUCAGAACAGAUUCCUUUUCUAUUUAUUUGACGUUUUCCAAGCAAACCUUGAUGUAACUGGUUGGUGUUUUUGACCAAUAACUGCUGCUGUAAGUGUAACCGCUAAAUACUGCGUCUUGCUUUGUCCUCUCCGUACAAUGACAUACAGUAGGACAUGAUUCUCUAAAUAAAGAAGCAUUUUGAAGUUGA